AUGGCAGCUAUGGUAGCAAAUGGACAGGCGCACCAGCGUCAAAACCUGCACCUUGUGUCAAACGAGGACUCUGUCUACGAACAAGACAUUAUUCGCGACCCGUCGACCGUCAAGCCGUGGCUUGUGUAUAUUGAGUUCAAAUCUCGCUAUGGCAAUGUCCACGAAAAAGCUUUCGUCAUGGCCCGCGCCUGCGCGCAGCUGCCACGAUCGUAUAAGCUCUGGAAAAUGUACUUGGAGUUCCGUGUCAAGCACGUCUCGAAACUGAACCCUGCCAUGUUCAAUAACGAAUACAACAAGGUCAACGCGCUCUUCGAGCAGGCUCUGAUUCUGCUCAACAAGAUGCCCCGAAUCUGGGAAAUGUAUCUCUCUUUCCUCAUGACGCAACCAAUCGUGACGAUUGCCCGCAGAGUCUUCGACCGAGCCCUCCGCGCACUUCCGAUUACACAACACAACCGCAUUUGGGCCCAGUACAUUCCCUUUGCCAACGCGGCGUCGGGCCAAACAGCCGUCAAGAUCUGGCGUCGCUACAUGCAGGUGCAUCCUGAGCAUGCCGAGGACUUUAUUGAGCUUCUUGUUAAGACUGGCCUGUACACCGAGGCUGCAACGACGUACAUCAAGAUUCUCAACAACACGCGGUUCGUGAGCAAGAACGGCAAGGGCCAUUUUGAGCUGUGGAACGAGCUGGUCGAGUUGCUCGUGAGUCAUGCUACCGCUGUCAAAACUGGUCACGAAACUGGUAUUGAUGUCGAGGCCAUCAUUCGUAGUGGAAUUGCCCGAUUUUCAGAUCAGCGAGGCAAGCUAUGGGCCGGUCUGGCUACCUACUGGAUCCGGUCAGGUAGCUUUGAGCGUGCGCGUGAUACCUUUGAAGAGGGAAUCACUACUGUCAUGACCGUCCGCGACUUUACAUUAAUCUUUGACUCUUACGUGGAGUUUGAAGAGUCUGUGAUUGGCGCUCUGAUGGAGAUGGCGACUGCUCGUACCCAAAAAGGUGUCGAUGACGAAGAAGCAGACUUUGAGCUCGAUAUUCGCAUGAUGCGAUUUGAGCACCUGAUGGACCGACGGCCGUUUCUCCUCAACGAUGUGCUACUCCGACAAAAUCCUAACCAAGUGCUGGAAUGGGAGAAGCGGGUGGCGCUCUGGGGCGACAACAAGACCGAGGUUGUGCAGACCUACACAGAUGCCAUUGCCAAGAUCCAACCAAAGCAUGCCAUUGGCCCCUUUCAUCAACUUUGGACCAAUUAUGCAAAGUUUUAUGAGGCAGGAGGCGAUCUUCGCAACGCUCGAAUCAUCAUGGAUAAAGCUGUCAAGGUUCCCUUCAAGUCAGUGGCAGAGCUUGCGGAUAUGUGGAUCGAAUGGGCCGAGAUGGAGCUUCGAAACGAAGAAUUUGACGAGGCUGUUCGAAUCAUGGCCAAGGCUGUUCAGGCACCGAAGCGAUCGAAUGUGGACUACUUUGACGAGACGCUCUCGCCGCAGCAGCGAGUCCACAAGAGCUGGAAGCUGUGGAGCUUCUACGUGGAUCUUGUCGAGAGUGUCGCGACAAUGGAGGAUGUGAAGAAGGUGUAUGAACGCAUUUUCGAGCUCCGUAUUGCCACGCCGCAGACUGUGGUUAACUAUGCCAACCUGCUCGAGGAGAAUGAGUACUUUGAGGAGUCGUUCAAGAUCUACGAGAGAGGCCUAGAUCUGUUCAGCUAUCCCGUGGCUUUUGAGCUGUGGAAUAUGUACUUGACCAAAGCCGUGGACCGCAAGAUUGGCAUCGAGCGACUGCGUGACUUGUUCGAGCAGGCUGUCGAGGACUGCCCGCCCAAGUUUGCCAAGACAAUCUACCUGAUGUACGGCAAUUUGGAGGAAGAGCGAGGACUGGCGCGCCACGCGAUGCGCAUCUACGAACGCGCGACCAGAGCGGUAUCGGAUGAGGACCGGGCUGACAUGUUUAACUUUUACAUCACCAAGUCGGCAUCCAACUUUGGGCUUCCGUCUACGCGACCGAUUUACGAGCGUGCCAUUACCGCGCUGCCAGACGAAGAAGCCAAGGACAUGUGCCUCAAGUUUGCGGACAUGGAGAAGCGUCUUGGCGAGAUCGAUCGUGCCCGCGCCAUCUACGGUCAUGCGUCGCAGUUUUGCGACCCACGGACCAACGCCGACUUUUGGAGCAAGUGGGAGUCGUUUGAGGUGCAGCACGGCAACGAGGACACGUUCAAGGAGAUGCUGCGCAUCAAGCGCAGCGUACAGGCGCAGUACAACACGGAUGUCAAUUUCAUCGCCUCGCAGGCGCUGGCGAAGAGCCAAGCUGCUGCCGCGGCAGCAGGCCACGAGAUGGACGCCGACACGCAAGACGCCAUGGCUGCGCUGGAGCGACAGGCUCGCGCGCCCCAAGGGUUCGUGGCUGCCAGCACGGGACCCGUUGGCGGUGGUGUGCAAGAUGACAAGCCAGCUGUGGCGGCCAAUCCAGAUGCGAUUGACAUUGACAGCGGCGAUGACGAGUAA